AUGGCGGAUUAUGAGACUGUUGCCUUGAUAGAGGAGUGUAGUGCUAUUCUACAAAGGAUGCUCCCCCAAAAACUGAGAGAUCCAGGAAGCUUCACUAUUCCUUACACUAUCAGGAGUUUUGAAUGCAAGCAUGUUAGGCUCGGUCUUAGUGAAGCAAAGCCUACUAUUGUUACUCUUCAACUCGCAAAUCAAUCAAUCAUGCAUACAAGGGGUAUUAUUGAAGAUGUGCUAGUCAAGGUAGACAAGUUUAUUUUCCCAGCAGAUUUCAUUUUUCUAGAUAUGGAAGAGGAUUCUAAUGUCCCCAUUAAUCUUUCGAGACCAUUCUUGGCUACCGGGCAGGCUCUAAUUGAUAUGCAAAAGGGUGAGUUGAGAUUGAAAGUUCAAGGGGAUAAGGUGGUUUUUAAUGUAUUCAAGGCAAUGUCUUAUCCAAGAGUGAGUGACAGUUGUUAUAGCAUUGAUGCGAUUGAUAAUGCAGUUUCGGAAAGAAGGUGGAACAGCAAUGCCUUAGAGGUGGUUUUGUUAGGUGGUGAGGAAGAUAAUGAUGAUGUCGAAAUGAUGGAAUAUGUCAAGUGGAUAAAUUCUUACCAACCAUUCAAAAAGAAGUUCGAAGAGUUAGAACAAGGGCCAGAAAGACCAUUGCCAUCCAUUGAGCAGCCACCAAAGUUGGAAUUGAAGUCUCUAUCGGAUCAUUUAUGUUAUUCUUAG